AUGGUUUCUGUAAAAGUUAUAGCUCUUUUGGCAGCAGUCUGUGGGUUACUAGAUGCCACCGCAAUUCCCCCACAUCAUGAGGUACACGAGAAGCGAGAAGUCUUACAUCCAAGAUGGACAAAAGAAAAACGUGUCGAGCCUCGGAAACUACUUCCCAUGCGCAUUGGUCUUGCUCAAAAUAACUUAGACAAAGGCUACGAGCACUUAAUGGAUGUUUCCGACCCAUCAUCCUCAAAUUUUGGCAAGCACUGGACUGCUGAUGAUGUGAUCAACGCAUUCCGUCCGUCAGAUGAAACAGAAAGAGAAGUCCGCAACUGGCUAAUAGAUGGCGGUAUUCCAUCAAGCAGGAUAUCUCACUCUGAAAAUAAAGGAUGGUUUGCCUUUUACGCUACCGUCGAAGAGGCCGAGAAGCUUCUGUACACCACGUACCACGAGUACAAAGAUUCCGUUACCGGAGGUGUAAUGCCUUCAAGUGACGAGUAUCAUUUGCCAAAGAAUAUUCGUCGUCAUAUCGACUACAUUACCCCGGGUAUCAAACUUCUAGCUCCUGUUGAAUCGUGGCAGAAGAAACGGGAUUCCAAAAUACCGCAGGCGAGGAAAGACAUCGAGAAGCGCAUUUUGCACGAAGUCCUUCAAACGUCUCCUAAUGGUCACUACAAUAACAGCGACCUAAGCACGUGUGAUGUAGCAAUUACACCAGCCUGUAUUGCCGCAUUAUACAAGAUCCCACCAGUUUCCCAUAGACUACCACACCCAAACAAUAGUUUGGGUAUCUUCGAGUCUGAGCUACAAUUCUAUACUCAGUAUGACUUGGACUCGUUCUUUACCAAUUAUACUUCAGGCAAGAUUCCGAACGGAACGCAUCCGGUAGCAGCAAACAUCGAUGGAGGCAUGCAAGCUUCUGAUGAUCUCAACUACGCUGGUACAGAGUGCAACCUAGAUCUUCAACUCGCUUAUCCUAUUGUAUAUCCCCAAACACUUACAGAUUACGAAGUCGAUGACUAUAUUGUGCAAUCCGACCAAGAAGAUACAUACACCUUUGGCUUCAACACUUUCCUCGAUGCUCUAGACGGAUCCUACUGUACAUUCGCCGCCUACAACGAGACCGGCAAUGACCCAAACCUAGACCAAGCCUACCCAGAUCCCAGAAUCGGAGGCUGGGCCGGAAAACUCAUGUGCGGCACCUUCAAACCCACAAACGUGAUCUCCCUCUCCUACGGCGGUCAAGAAUCCGAUCUCCCUAUCUCAUACCAGAAAAGACAAUGUCUCGAAUACAUGAAACUAGGACUCCAAGGCGUAUCCUUCCUCUUCGCCAGCGGCGACUCCGGAGUGUCAAACUACCCAGGCGACAUCGACGGUCCAACAGGCUGUCUGGGCCCCAACCUCGACGUCUUCAACCCCACCUGGCCCGGCACCUGCCCCUUCGUCACCUCCGUCGGCGCCACCAAAGUCUACCCCGGCAAGACCGUCUAUGAUCCCGAAAGCGCCGUCUACGACCCAGCCGGGCAUCCUUACUCCGUGAAUUUCUCCUCCGGCGGCGGGUUCUCCAACGUCUAUCCCAUCCCAAAGUACCAAGCCAGUGCCGUGUCGACGUUCUUCGAGAAGCACAAUCCGCCGUAUAAAUCGUAUAGCGCGCUUGCUGGUGAUACUAGCAAUAUCACGAAAAAAGCGGAUAUUGAUGCGCUGGUUGGUAGUUCGGGUGGUGUGUAUAACCGAAUUGGUCGUGGGAUUCCUGAUAUUGCUGCGGUGGGUGAUAAUAUCGCUGUCUACUCAGGCGGGCGUGUUCGGCUUUCUGGCGGGACUUCUGCGUCUGCGCCUAUCGUCUCUGCGGUGUUCAACAGGAUCAAUGAAGAGCGGCUGAAUGCUGGGAAAUCGCCAAUUGGGUUCUUGAAUCCGAGUUUGUAUGCUAAUCCGGGCAUGUUGAAUGACAUUACGAAUGGAACGAAUCCGGGUUGUGGGACUGUUGGGUUUUCGGCUGUUAAAGGUUGGGAUCCGGUGACGGGAUUGGGGACGCCGAAUUUUCCUAAGAUGUUGGAGUAUUAUAUGAAAUUGCCAUGA